AUGCACAACCUUGUGGUAACCGCACACCGAGCAGAACGCGAAGCACGAGCGGUCCAUGAUGCGUCUUUGGAGGAAGUUAGGCUGUUGGAGGAGCGCAGAGACUCAGAGGCCGCAACGCUACAAGAGGUUGAACGACGGGAAACUGCGCUCAGGUACGAGGUGGGGGAGCUCAGCGCAACGGCGGAAGACUUAAACUAUCAGCUCGAGCGGCUCGACAAGGAGACGGUGAAAGACGAAGCCCUCAAAACAACCCUCUUGGAAAAGUCGGAGGUGCUGGAAGAUACCAGGAUUGACCUCGGGAGGCAACAGGAGAGGCUCCAGGCUUACUUGUCGAAGACGGGCGGAGAGCCGGACAGGAUUCGAAAGCAGGGAGACAGCGUCCACAGAGCUGCCUCCACCCUCGACGCCGAGGUGCGACGGUUGCAGCUUUGCACGGCAAAGGCGGAGCAGGAGGCGGAGAACAUCAGAGAAAAACGUCAGCAAGCCACCGAGCUCAAGAGGGGGCUCAUCGAAAAGCUGGAGCUACAGAGGGACACGUUGCAGCAUCGGCAAAAGGACGUGGAGGUGGUCACCACGAACCUCGAGAUGCAGAGGGCCAAGAACCACCAACUCCUCACGGAGCGGGUGGAGCUAACGCUGCAGAGCAAGGAGGCGGACGAAAAGACUCGACGAGAGGGAGACACGCUGUCCAUGGAGAGGAAGUUUCUCGAGCUCAUGAAGAGGAAGCUCAGAAAAAAACGCUCCAUCGCCGAAGCCGCACGACAGGUGGUUCCCGUGCUAGAGCAGCAGCUGGGCGACGUCCAAGCAGACUUGCAGAGCCAGGAAGGGCUGGCCAAAGAGCUGAACCAUGAGGCCGACAUCAUGAGGCAGGACGUAGACAUUGGGCUAGCGAGGUUUCUCUCCCAGGAAAUGGCGGAGAACUCGAAGCGAUCAGACCUGGCGGCUCUGCUGGAAGAAGUCGACGGCCUCGAAGCCGAGGUGCUGCAAUGGGGCGAGGAAGAGAAGCGACAGCGCAAGCUGGUAGCUCUUUUGAAAGGGCAGCGGGACAUCAAGCAAGGCGAGGCUUUGAGGGCGCAACAGGCUGAGAAAGACACCGCCCAGCAGGUGAAAAUGAAGCAGUUGGUCAUCGCAGACCUGUCGAAGAGGUGUAACGACACCAACAACCGCCUCAAGGAGUUCUCCGCGCUCUACGACGUCGUCAAGAACGAGAGGAACAAAUACGUCAACCUGAUCCAGGCCAGCCACCAGGCUCUCGCCGAGAUGAAGGAGAAGAUCAAGAUUCUUCACAACGAGGUGGAUAUCCUUCGAAACGAAUCCCUCGCCAAGGACAAGGCCCUCAAGAAGGAACGCGUGGCUCACCGAGCAUCUCAGGCCCAAAGGGAUGGGCUGCGUUUGGAGGCAAACAACGCUUCCAUGCACUACCGGACAAAGCAGCAAGUGGUGGAGCAGCAGAUCGUGGAGAUCGAGAAGCAGAACGGCGUGAUCAACGCCUUGGAGAGGGACAUGCUCCGGCUCAAGGCCAUGUACGAGGCGGCGGUGGAGCAGCGCAACUUUGCCGGUGUGCAGUUGAUCGACCGUAACGAUGAGCUCUGCGUCUUGUACGAGAAGUCCAACAUACAAGAGACCACGCUCAAGGAGGGCAGCCUGGCCAUCACAAAGCGGGAAGAAGACAUCAGGAUGCUAAGACUGCAGGUUGCGGAGCUUCAAAGACGCCUCGAGGCCGCCAGACGCCGGACAGACAAGGCCCCCGACGGUGCGGAGAACUUGGUUUCCAUGCACGAGGAACUGCAAACGAAGAGAGCAGUGACGGAGCAGCUCAGCAGAGACCUGGAGGACCCCGGGAACUUGAUCAGAUGGCGGGCCCUAGGGGGAGAGGACCUGUCAAUGGAGCAGCUUGAGGCCACCAUCGUGGUCAGUAUGCCGUAG